AUGGGCAAACUAAAAGCGGCGUCAAAAGGCACCGAAUUAGCAGGAUGCGGUCGAGAUUUCUUCAAGCUGGGUCGCAUAGAACUGCAAUGCGAGACAGCACCAAAUCAUACCAUUGUAGUCGAGCCUGAAGUGGAUGCCUCGCAAGACCUACUAGCGAACGAAGACACCCCAAGUCCUCCCUCGUCGAGAGCAACACCAAAAGCGUCCUCGGCUGAAGCUAUGGAGAUUGACUCGCGUGCGCCAUCUGUAGAUCACCCAGAUCACACUCGCGGGCGGUACGAGCCAUCCCAAGACCGUAAUUUACAACAGCAGCAGCAGUCGUUGCACUCUGUCGGAGACAACACACCGUCGUUACCAGCACCAUCAUCGAUGCAGUCUUCGAUACGGAACUCCCCACAUGCUUUUGCUCAAGACGCGCUGAGCACUGCACCGCAGUCAAAUGCUCCCUAUCAUCAAGAACCUCCUAAGUCUCACCAAGGUCCUGGCGUUGAGUCAAUGAGCGGUCCACCUGAGGUGCCAACAAUGGUCCCUCAGACCAACGGCCAUCACUAUCCUCGUUCGCCAGAAGACGUUAGCAUAGACGCUAUGGCGCGUAUACAGACGCAAAUGUCCCACAACAGUGGCGCCUUAGCUGCGCAUACCCGCGACAUUAGGCUUCACCAGGAGAAGAUGGACCAAACAGCAGAGGCACUGCGUCAGGAAUACCAGUUCAAGUUUCUUCAGCAAAAUGAGCAUAUCAAAAAGGUGGAAGCGCUGGCCGAGAGAUUACAAAGUGAGAUGCAAGGCAUGCACCUUGCCAUGCAAAACAUCAAUCGUGAGUUAUAUACGAUGAGGAUGGAGAGGCAAUCAGGAGCUUCGGCUACGCCCCAUGCCGCUCCAUCUUUCGCGGCGCAGAAUGCAGCAUUAGAGCAAAUGGCGCAGCAGAUGAAUGUUUUGUCGCAUAAGGCGAGUGAUGUAGACCUUCUCAGUACUACUAUCGAGAUCAUGAAGGGGAAAAUCUAUCGACUGGAAGAGCGCGCCGGACCUGAGCCCUCACAAGCACCACCAUAUACGUAUCAAGCUCCGCAAGCAUCAAUGGCACGCCCACCUCACUCGCAUCAGAGUACACCAACGAUGACGCCGAGCAAUGGAGCACCCCAACCGGUAACCAAUGGCCAGCCACAGCAAUCGUCGUUCGCCGCUCCUUCCACCACGGCGACACCUAUGAACGCGCCGAAUCCCACGAGCGUCGGUCCCACUGGAAGUCAGGCUGGCGGAUGGGCCACCAUCAACGCGGGAGUGAAACGAACACAUCAGAACGGCGUUGAGAAUCCACAGGAGGCCAACACUCAAGCACCCGGUUCGCCCAAGAGGCAGAGGCUUGUUGAUGGUGGUCCUUCAGGUUACACAGCCUCGCAACAAACUCCCAUGACAGACCAUCGCUUCCAAACGCCCACGAUACCGUCCCAACAAACUGUACCUGAAUCUGUUCUCGGAUCGCAAUCGCAACAGUCUUCCUACGUCCCUUACGCCACACAAGAUGGCCCUUCAGACGCCAGCUGGCAACCCGAGUCCCAGCGUAUGAUCGAGCAUCGACCGCGUGGGCGUCGGGGUGGGGGUCCUGGAAGUCGAGGUGGCAGAGUUAGGAAGAGUAUGCCAGCCCACGGUACACUCGGAACCCCUGAUUGGGAAAGGCCUGAUUGGCAAGGUGUUCCCGAUUCUCAGAUCAGUCCGUCCGGAUACUACCAACACGUCGCGCAGCCAGGACGAGGGGGCAUUGCGCGGCGAGGCAGUGGCGGUGGGGGUGGUCGUGGCGGUUACCCAACCAGCGAUCGUGCUAGCAGUCUAGGUCUACAAGGUGUGACAGCUGCUAUGAGCUUCGGAUCGCCAGGCGAUAUGUUUGGGUCGGCAAAAAAGACACGCACCAAACCUAUUAGGAAUGCAGAUGGAGUCUUGAUUCGCAAAGACGGCCGCCCAGACAUGCGCUCACAAUCCUCAGCAGCUAACCUCCGCAAGGUGCAUUCACGCAACGAAGGCGAAGCAAGUCACUCACCCACUGGCUUCACGCCCACCAAUCACCAAUAUGCGGCCUCAACCAAUGCACCGGACACGCCGAGUCCAAGCGGGUACGCAGCGGACCCAAGCGCCAGCGAUAAGCACAACGCGAUAAUGGGCAAGAUGUUUCCCGCUGGUGUUGACGCAGCACGGAAACAACAAGACUACACUCGUCAAGUCUUUGAAGAAAACACCGAUCACACCGUCCACCCACGGUCGCAGAACCACGCCCCAGCAACAAAGGCGGCAGUCCAGAUCAAGAGGGAGCAGGUUGAGCGGAACCGAAUCUCCGAAACACAGAGUCCACGGGUGCAGGAAACAGACGUCGACAUGGAUACAGGGGAAGAUCACGCAGACGACGAGCGACAGACGCCCGAGGAAGGCGGCUUAGAUCCCGAAGACCAGACUCAGGAUACGAAUAUGCAGGAAGAACGCGGCACAAGAGCUGCCUCGCAGACUAGUCCGGAAGAUGAGGUAGCUGGAAAACCGCGUAAAUUCAACUAG